CAUGCCUACUACCUCGUACUUCCUUGGAUACCUACCUAGUACGAUUAAUGGGAUUUGCUAGCCAGCGCACCGAGUUGGCUAGGUACCUGCAUAUACCAAGCAUUCUAACGACUACUACAUGUACUCUCCUACUAUUACUUCAAGGCGAGGGAAAAGCCCCUCCUAUUAUUGAUGGCAACUCUCUUUUUGGUGACCGCUGUGAUGAUUGGGUCCUUGAAGAUGAAAAGGAGAAGAGCGCUCUUGCCUGUCAGAUAGUCUUCAUAUAGAAAGUCGCCCUCAUCUUGGCCCUCAUUUUCCG